AUGUCCAGCUUCGGAUUGCAGGGGAAACUAGUCUUGGUAACAGGUGAGCUUCUCUGAACAUUUUGUUACCUAAAAUGUGAUAAACACAUCUGGAAAGUUUAAAUUAAGAAAGAAUAAAUGAUUUUUAAAACAAAAUAACAAUAAACAGUUUUUAAUUUCAGGAGCUGCUCGGGGUGUCGGAGCUGCUACAGCUAAGAAAUUCGCGUUAAACGGAGCCAAUGUUAUACUUGUCGACAUCAUCGAAGAUGUCCUCCAACAAACCGUGCGGAAAGUCAAACAAGGUGACAGUUUCUACUGGUUUAUCGACACAAACAAAAAAUUGUCUGAUCUGGAAAAAUUUCCGAUAAUUUUUGUGGCAACCCGUAUUAUUUUCAAAAUGUUGUGACAUUUCAUGUAAUUAUUAUAAAAAAUUUUGGCGGAGAAAAGAAAUAUUUUUGAGAAGAAACUGCAACCUUUGAUUUCGAUUUCUUUUGCAUAUGAUAUUUUAAAUUUUUAAAAAUUUACGUUGUUUUCAGAAUUUCCGAACGUGACUGUUGUUGGUGAAGUUUGUGAUGUUAGCAAGCUCGAAGAUGUUGAGAAUUUGGGAGAACGGGUUAAGCGACAGUUUCCUCAAUCUAUUGACGUUCUUGUCAACAAUGCUGCUAUUGUUCGGAUCCAAGAUUACGUUGAUAUUACAGAAGAAGACUUCCAGAAGGUUAUCUCCACCAAUUUGUUCUCCGUUCAUUGGGUAUGUUUAGAUGAAUUUACAGGCUUUGUACAAUGAAACUGAACGUAAAGUUAGGCUUGUUUUAUUUACGUAUUGUAUCAUGGUAUGUUACUAUUUUUAACGUUUUUUGACUGUAUUUUUUGUAGUAAUUUUAAUAAAGUUUGCCAUUUUCAGAUGAUUAAAACCUUUACUAAGGAAGCGAUCGAACAGAAAAGGCCAAUGGCCAUUGUCAACAUUUCGUCAAUUACCACAAUCUCAGGAAUGGCAAUGUUGGCUCAUUAUGUGACAGCUAAAAGUGGCAUUCUUGGUCUGACGAAGACAUUGGCCAAAGAGUUGGGCAAGUACAAUAUCAGAGUGAACGCGAUUAAACCAGGCUUUGUUGAUACACCGAUGAACAACCAUUUGACAGCAGAGAAUAGGGCUGAUAUUUGUGAGAAGACACCUCUAGGCAGAAUUGCCCCGCCCGAAGAGAUCGCCAAUGUUAUAGUGUUUUAUGGCUCUGAUCUGGCUAGCUUUUGUACGGGAUCGCUAGUCGAUGUGAAUGGGGGAAUGUCUUGGUAAGGUGUGUCUCUGGUAGAAUGUUGUUUAUGUUCAUAGUCUCUUCAAAGGAUUUAGGUUAUUUGUUGGGCAAAAACAAAUUUUUGAAUUUUUUUAGACCUGCUGUUUGUUACAGUAAGUCUACUGUAUUUCUAGUUUUUGGUUGUCUUAAGCUUAGUUUUGUACAUUAUAUUGUAGCAUAUCAUCUUCACUUCAUCUUAUUGCAUUCACAUACUAA